AUGCCGGGAUGUUUACCCUCCUGACAGCCGCGGCCGUGGGAGGAGGAGCGGAGCCGGGAGGAUGGGCGGCCGCUAGGCUCGCACUGGUAAGCGCUGGCCGAGCGGGGUGGGAGCCGGCGCCUGCAGCGGCGCGGGCAGAGGCGAUCGGCCCGGGGUCCCGCAGCCCGCAGCCCUGCAGCCCGCGUGGACCGAGCUGCCCCAGCGUCCCGGAUUCUGAAGUCUCUGUUGAGUCAGACAAUGGAUGAACAACCACAAGGAAUGCAAGGGCCACCUGUUCCUCAGUUCCAGCCACAGAAGGCAUUACGACCAGAUAUGGGCUACAAUACCUUAACCAACUUCUGAAUAGAAAAGAAAAUCAAUCAUGGACAAUUUAGUGAAGUUUACAGAACAUCCUGUCUCUUGGAUGGAGUGCCAAUAGCUUUAAAAAAAGUGCAGAUAUUUGAUUUAAUGGAUGCCAAAGCACAUGCUGAUUGUAUCAAAGAAAUAGAUCUCCUUAAGCAACUCAAUCACCCAAAUGUAAUUAAAUAUUAUGCAUCAUUCAUCAAAGAUAAUGAGCUUAACAUAGUUUUGGAUUUAGCAGAUGCUGGUGACCUCUCCAGAAUGAUAAAGCAUUUUAAGAAGCAAAAGAGGCUAAUUUCGGAAAGAACUGUUUGGAAAUACUUCGUUCAGCUCUGCAGUGCACUGGAGCACAUGCAUUCUCGAAGAGUCAUGCAUAGAGAUAUAAAGCCAGCCAAUGUGUUCAUUACAGCCAUUGGGGUAGUAAAACUUGGAGAUCUUGGACAUGGUCGGUUUUUCAGCUCAAAAACCACAGCUGCACAUUCUUUAGUGGGUACACCUUACUAGAUGUCUCCAGAGAGAAUACAUGAAAAUGGAUACAACUUCAAGUCUGACAUCUGGUCUCUUGGCUGUCUGCUAUAUGAGAUGGCUGCAUUGCAGAGUCCUUUCUUUGGGGACAAAAUGAAUUUGUACUCUCUGUGUAAGAAUAUAGAGCAGUGUGACUACUCGCCUCUCCCGUCAGAUCACUACUUGGAGGAGCUUCGACAAUUAGUAAAUAUGUGCAUCAACCCAGAUCCAGAGAAGCGACCGGACAUCACCUAUGUUUAUGAUGUAGCAAAGAGGAUACAUGCAUGUACCACAAGCAGCUAAGC